UAUGAACACGUUAAACUGGAGAAAAAAAAAUUUAGUUAUACAUUUUCAUAUUAUUAACGGAUAGUUAUGAAGGAUUAAAAAUAUAGAAUCCAAUACUAAGUAUACGCAAUUAAUUAUGAUCUGUGAAAGCUGGUAAGACCGUUUCAAUUGAAACGAGAUUUACGUACAGACAAACGGACGCAAGUUAUUUCUUCAUUUUCAUAAAAUUAAUAAACAGUUAUCUGCUGAUUGCCGCUAAUUUAAAUGAUUUCCGAACGAUCGCCGAGAAACUUGUGCCACAAAACUUCGCAAGCAAGCUCGUUAAGAUGGUGACUAAUCAAGAUUUCGUUAAGUCUGAAGCGAGCUAUGACAACAGCGGCUACGAGGAGAGCGACGCUUCAUCCGUCGGCCAGCCAUACUUAAAGGGCAAGGACUAUCACCAGAAAAAGGUUUACAGCAUCCAAGAAACGAAGGUUGACUUCGACGAGCUCGUAGAGAGAGUCAAGAAGAGACUAGAGGAAGAGCUCAAAAAUAAAUAUCUUAAACACAAGAAUCAGAAUGAGGACAGAUUUAGUGAUAUUAAAGAAAAAGACGAAGUCAUACAAAAUGGCGUCGAUGGUAAGAUCGUUGAUAAAUUUUAUAAACCAACAUCAGAACAACCGAAAAGAGAUGUAGUUGGUGAGGAAAAUGCUUAUGAUGAUGUAGAAUAUGAGGAUAUUACGGAGAAACAAGCGAAACAAGAUGCUGAACCGAAAAUAAUAAAACUAACAACCCAAGCGACUGAGUACGCUGACGCAAUGGAAGAAGUGUCCGAUACAGUAAAACUCUCACAUAAAAGUAGAUUGGUAACUAAGAAAACGGAACAGGAUUACGAAAUAGUGACACAAAGCGAUAUGUUUAAAAAAAUUGACUUAAUGAAACAAGAUAGUUACGAGGAUUACAAAAUACCAAACAAGAAAAACGUGUACGCCAGCGACGAAACGACUAAGGCUGAAACACGUACAGAAAACUAUGAAGGUAACAAGAGAUUUAAAGUACAGCAGAAUAGACAAAUAACAAGACGAGUUAGAUUCAGCGAAAAGAGGUACAACAGCAAGGAAUUACAGAAAUCAGACGAAGCCAAUGACACCCUUAUACUAGCGGACCCUAAAGAUAGGACUAGGAAAGUAAAAAAGGGGACUAGUAUACCCAAAAGGGAGCUAUACACUAUAGUCACACCCAACUAUAUAGACAGAAUUCCCAACGUUGUGGAGAGAUAUAACUUCGACGAACCACUACCAGCGAAGGACAGGGAGAGGGAGGAGAUUAGGUAUUACGGGAAUCCCCCCGCAAGCAUCAAUAGGAAAGUGAGAUUAUUGUAACCUUUGAGAAUUAUUAAAGAUAUUUUCCUAUUA